CGCUGAACGAGGGAACGAGACAAAGACGCAUCCACAGCGGACCAAUUGUCCCCUCCGAGCCGCAAGCCUUGUUUUUUUUCUGCCUUCUUUUAUUGGUAAUAAUAGGUUAGCUGACGCCAUGGGCUAUUUCUGUGACUUCUAGAAAACCUUAAUAAAUCAAAACGGCCCCGGCCCCUCCUUUCUGUGCUGUCAGUUUGACGUGCAAUAGCAGCAGCCCGACAACACCACGCACUACGAAGCUGGCCAUACUCCGUCAUCAUGGACAGCAUCAUGCACGUUGCGCGUGCUAAGAACAGCGUCUCGGCAGCCGACUGCCGUGUCGAAACUACAGUCCUCGGAUACUAUCCCAACUUGGGCUCGGGAUACUUCUUCACCAUCAUGUUUGGCCUCUGUCUGAUUGGCACUGUUGUGCAGGGUGUGCGCUUCAAGACAUGGUCGUAUAUGGGUGCGCUGACUUGCGGCCUGAUUCUCGAGACAGCCGGCUACGUUGGCAGAAUCCUCCUCCACAAGAACCCGUGCAACGAAGGCGCCUUUGAACUGCAAAUCUGCGCCAUCAUCCUCGCCCCGACCUUCAUCUGCGUCUCCAUCUACCUGACUCUCAAGCACGCCGCCGCCGCUCUAUCGCCGUCGACAUCCCGCAUCCGCCCCGUCUGGUACCCGCGCAUCUUCCUCCCCGGUGACCUCUCGUGCCUCAUCGUCCAGGCCAUCGGUGGCGGCAUCGCCGCAGCGGCUGGCCGCACCAACCGCCACCUCCAGGAGUCUGGCAACAGAGCCAUUAUUGCGGGUGUUGUGCUGCAGGUUAUUGUCCUUGCCAUCUUUGGCAUCAUGGGCGUUGACUACUUGGUCCGCGUGUCCAAGUACAUGAAGACGGACAAGGCUCGCCAAACGGAGGGAUACAGAGUCUGGAACGAUCGCAGGGUUCGCAUCUUUUUCAGCUCCGUUAGCGUUGCCUACCUGUCUGUCCUGAUCCGUUGCAUUUACCGUGUUGCUGAAAUGGCUGGCGGUUGGGGCAACAAGAUCAUGCAGGAUGAGCCAUCUUUCCUUGUCCUCGAUAGCACCCUUGUGCUCGUUACUGCUGCUCUGCUCACUAUUUUCCAUCCCGGAAUUUACUUCCCUCGCAUGAUCAACGGAGGAACCAAGAUUGACGGCGACCAGCUCAUCGACGGCGCCGAGCAGGAGCGCAAGAACUCGCCCCACGAUACCUCUGACGAGGGACCUCGUAGCGAUGUGUAAGAUGUUUGCAAAAAGGAAGACAUGUCAUAUGGUCGGUACGGCGAUUGCAUUAUUUUUGGAUUUGUUUUGGAUUAGACGGCGUUUUAUAGACUGUAUUUACAUUUACCCACUGCAUAUUGCACUCCUCAUUUUAUCACCACGGCUUGUCUAUUGCUGCUGCAGGGUAAAAAUGUCCAUGGCAUUAUUCAUUAUAACGUGAAAUCUCUAUUGUAUACCAGAUAUGCGCGCUAAAAUGCUCAUGACGAAACAAGUCUAUCACCUUCGCCUUCCUCAUCGGCUUCCUCUUCAUAUUCGCUCUCCUCUUCACUCUCUUCCUCAGUUUCCUCCUCGCUUUCCGUUUCUUCUUCUUCAUCAUCAUCUUCCUCCUCCUCACUCUCUUCUUCGGCCAACCAGUCAUCCAGGGUCUUCUUCCCCAGUCCAUCAAUGGCAGGGCCCUUCGCCGGAGCAGACUUGGCGGCUUGGUCCAGCAUGUCACCAGCGGGCAUGGCACUUCGUGGGCUGUCGUAUCUUGAGCUGGCAGUUACUUCUUCUUCGCGAAGCUUAGGGUCUGGUUCCUGGCCAGCUUCAACCCAUGGUGGGAGCGUCUCAUAUCCACGUAGCCCGUGGAUGCCACCACCACCCUCUAGUACAAGUGUUGAUGAGCCUAGUGCAAAGCCCUUUCGUGAUUCGGAUGGGCUAGGUGCCUGAGGAGCAAGCUUAGGCACAAGUAGCAUCAGCGUGGCCAGCUGGGGUACUGCCAACAACGCCUUGAACAUUCUCGCUCUAUCACGCAAAUCGUACGAGACAUCAUAUCGCACAAGCUGCAAAGUGUAUUCCCACAGCAGCUGGGUCGGGUGCGUCUCAGUCAUGGUCAUCUUCUCGUCGCCUUCAGAGGCCUCUAGCUUUGCCUUUUCCGCUUCGCGGUUCACCUGAUGCAAGUGGACCUUGGCAGCAAGAAGCAAAAUCUGGCGCUUCGCUUCUUCUGAUUCACUUGGAAAGUCUUUAAGUAGGAUGCGAAGAACAUCAGGUGCAAUAUUGUCUUCGCCAUUCAGUCCAGAAAAUUCGCCGACCAGCCAGACAAUGGUUGCUCUUGCUCGGGGGUCCGUUGCAGAGUCUAGGUUUUGUGCCAGCAGAAUGACCGUGUUGCCGUGGCUAUCUGGGUCUUGUUGAAUAAGGUGUCGGAUAACUGUCAGCGACUCGGCGGCUAGAGCUCCGUCCAGGCUGGUAAUCUGGCUAAGCAAGAGCCGCAGACAUCUUGACGAAGUAGCCUUGUCAGACUGUGCGCAUCGUCCAAUGGCGCGAACGGCGUCCCUGACAAGGCUCUUGUUGGUUCCCUUUGAAAAGUGUUCCAAUUCCUUCAAGAUGAGGCUCUUGACAUGGUUUGGGCUGUACGGGAAGAUGAGAGUAAGGAUCUCAAACUUGAGCUCCGAAACAGCAGCUCCAUCCGUAGAUCUAACCAGGAAAUGGCUAGCGUACUUGACAAAGUCCUUUGGACGCAUGAGGCAUAUUGAAACAAUGUUGUAGAGCGCCAGCUGCUGAAUGUCCUGAGCACCACGCAUUAAAGCAAUUAGCGGCCCUAUCGCCAGCUUGACGUAGUCUUUUGUACCAAUAUCGACGUAGCAUCUCACGACGGCAAUUACAACAGCUGAGUUGCGGCUUUGUAGCAGGGGCUUUAUACUAUUCAAGAGGAAUCGUAAAUCGGGAUCAAUCGCAUUUUGUGUAUCGGUGGUCGCCUCGUCAUAGAAUUCGUCACUGGUAUUCCGCACCUCGGCUUCUGCUUUCACUGCUUUCCUUCGCGGGAAGCAUUUUCUCGCAUACACAGUCAUCAGUCUCAGCACUGCGAGCUGGCUCCAUUCGUCCAUGUCGACAAGCUUCCGUACCAGCCCUCGGUAGUUUGGGUGAAUCAAAUCGAUCCUCUCUGGGCAAAUCUCCCGGAACGCUGCCACCGCCGCACCAGCAACAAAAUAUUGCUUAUCAGCAAGCAGGGUGGUUAGAUAAUCAAUGAGCUGCGGCGACUGUGACGGGUCGAGGCAGUAGCAUUUAGGGAUGGCGAGGGCAGCGGCCUUUCGAACAUGCGGGCUCAUGUCGGCGACACCCUUUUUGAUGGCAAGCGAUACAAUCUGGCUAAUAACUGGUACUCGGAUACCAGCCAUCGUCUUCAAGGCGAGGGCGCGAACCACGGGGUUGCUGUCGGAGAGCGACUUUUGGAUGGUGUUGAUAGAGAGCAGCGCAAGAUCGGGUUCCUGCUCGGCAUGGUGGAUAAGGUAGAUGUAUACGAGCUUCUUGAUUUCGAUAUUGGGUGAGGCGACGUUUUUCACGACUGAGGAGAAGAAGGGGAGCGUCUUUUGGUUCUUGUACAUCAU